UAUCAUUUUGCGGAUUAAUUCUUGUCAAUAUACGAGUACUUACCAAUUCCCAUUAAGAGAGCCAACUAUAUUUAUGUAGAAUAAGUAAAACACUACAAAUCCUUGCUUAACUUUAAGUUAAAAAUAUUCUUCUGUUUGCUUGUUGAAUGUGUAAAUUGUAAAACUUGUGAUGAAAGUGGUAAAACAACUACGGCAACGGCUGUUGAUAUAGAAGCAACUGGAAUGUCACUGUGAAGUUUCCAAUGGUUUAAUUUAAAAAUUCAGCUGUGUUUGUGUAACAUUUCAAAAAUGUGCAAAUAUUCUGGGAACUUAUACCUAUGCCAAUGACAUCCCACGAUGGAAGACUUGGACAAUAAACCGCCGGAAUCAUAUAAAUUGAUUGAAGUACCAACGACCACAAAGCGGCACAAGCAGGCUCCAGCUCGUGAUAAGUGGGGAAAGGGUAUUGAGUUCUUAUUAUCCUGUAUAUCAUUAUCCGUCGGUUUGGGAAACGUCUGGCGUUUCCCAUUUGUUGCAUUAGAAAAUGGAGGUGGAGCUUUUCUCAUACCUUACGUGGUUGUACUGGUCUUAGUUGGGGGACCAGUAUACUAUCUGGAAGUAUUAAUUGGACAAUUUUGUAGUCGUGGGUGCGUUCAAGCCUAUGAAUUCUCUCCUAUAAUGCGAGGGGUUGGAUACGGACAGGCUUUCGCUACGAUCCUAGGAAUUUCAUACUACGCAUCGAUUUUGGGGUUAACUAUUCGCUACCUGUUGCUAUCCUUUAGUACUGAACUUCCAUGGGCAUUUUGCGAGAAAGAAUGGGGAUCGACUUGUAUUAAUUCAUCAGGAGUUCAUCAACAUCCUAACAUAUCGGGAAUCUCAACUCGAAGCUCAGCAGAGCUGUUUUAUUUCAACAAUGUUUUGCACGAGGUAGACAGCAUUGAGGAUGGUGUUGGUCUCCCAGACAAAUAUCUCGUCGGGUGUUUAGGAUUAGCUUGGAUUGGAAUUGGUGGUGCUUUAAUAAAAGGAAUUAAAAGCUCCGGUAAGGCACUCUACUUUUUGGCAGUAUUUCCAUAUGUCGUGUUGAUAACACUCCUUGUUCGAGCUGUUUCAUUGGAAGGUGCGUUAGAUGGGGUAUUGUAUUUCUUGGCGCCGCAAUGGAAUGAAAUUUUGAAUGUUAAGGUGUGGUACGCAGCUAUAAGCCAAGCUUUCUUUUCGAUGGCAAUUUGUUUCGGGACUCUUAUGAUGUUUGGUUCAUACAACGAAUUUACCCGAAAUGUGCAAAGGGAUGUGCUGAUUGUGACCAUUAUGAAUUUAAUUGUGUCGGUAGUAGCAGGUUGUAUCAUAUUUGCCAUACUUGGAAACUUGGCGUUGGAAACUGGAACGACCGAUAUUAAACAUGUCGUCAAAGGUGGAACUGGCUUAGCAUUUAUUUCAUACCCCGAUGCAAUAGCUAAAUUUGAUUUCGCACCACAGCUGUUUGCAGUUCUUUUCUUUUCAAUGCUCUUAUGCCUGGCCUUUGGCAGCAAUAUUGGUAUGACCACAGGAGUUAUUGCUGUCAUUAAGGAUCGUUUCGACUACAUACCUAAUUGGAUACUGACAAUUACCGUAUCAAUAAUUGGAUUUGCACUAGGAAUCGUUUACACCACACCAGGUGGCCAGUACAUUCUCAAUUUGGUCGACUUUUUUGGCGUUUCUUUUAUAGCCUUAGUUCUGGCUAUUGCGGAAUUAGCUGCAAUUAGUUGGAUUUAUGGUGUAAGACGUUUCUGUAACGAUAUCGAGUUCAUGUUAGGAAUAAAGACAGGUUACUUUGUGAGGGCUUGCUGGGGGAUCAUCGCACCAGGUUUAAUGCAGAUCGUCCUGGUUUAUACAUUGAUACAAUUUUCACCUCUACGAUAUAAUGGAACUGAAUAUCCGAAAGUGGCUUAUUAUGCGUCAUGGGCAUUGUGGGCUACAGGAGUGGGACAGUUACCAAUUUGGGGUAUAUAUUCAAUAUACAAGCAACCGCAAGAUACAUGGUUUCAGAAAUUUAAAGCAGCCUGCAGACCUAGCCAACGUUGGGGCCCUCUCAACGACGAUUUACAUGAGAGUUAUGUAAAAUAUCGAACCAAUGUUUUCACAAAGAGAAAACAUAAGGACAACAUUUUUGCUAGAAUGAUAGACAAUAUUUUCGGACAAUGAUUUCAUUUUAUUGUAGGCAUAAAAAAAUAUAAUA